AUGGGGACGGGAGGUUUUAAUAGGGCUUUGCAUAUUAUUUGAACUUCUUACAAUCACCGAAACUUCAAACACAGAAAAGAGAAGCUUGAAGAUCAGCAAACAAGAGGUUGCUGAGAAAUCCAAAGCAAGCCAAAUGAAGGGCAUCCGGAAACCCAAUUCCAUGAACAACACCUUGCAUUUGCUUACUCAAUUGAGUCAGUCGCCGGCAGCCUUCAACUACAGCACUUGCCGUGCGAUAGCACCUGCUUCGUCUACUCUAAUCCCCAAGCAAUCAGCCCUUCUCUUCUCCAAUCAUCCUCUCUCUGGUGCUUCUUCUCCUCGACUGCCCUCUCACUUCUCCUCCACCCGCUGUUUUCGUAACGCUCGCGAUUAUACCCCCAGAAUUUAUGAGAUUACUCCUCCUGUGAAUUGGGGAAUCCGGAUUGUGCCUGAGAAGAAGGCGUUCGUCAUUGAGCGAUUUGGCAAGUACGUGAAGACUCUUCCGUCAGGAAUCCAUUUUUUGAUUCCGUUCGUCGAUCGGAUUGCUUACGUGCAUUCCCUCAAGGAAGAGGCCAUUAAUAUUCCUGACCAGUCUGCUAUCACCAAGGAUAACGUCAACAUCUUAAUUGAUGGGGUGUUGUAUGUGAAGAUUGUGGAUCCUAAGCUGGCUUCUUAUGGUGUUGAAAACCCCAUUUAUGCAGUCAUUCAGCUUGCACAGACGACAAUGCGAAGUGAACUUGGUAAGAUUACUCUUGACAAGACCUUUGAGGAAAGGGACACGCUUAAUGAAAAGAUUGUGGAGGCCAUUAAUGUCGCUGCAAAAAGUUGGGGCCUCGAGUGUCUUCGAUAUGAAAUAAGGGAUAUAUCUCCUCCUCGUGGUGUUAGAGUAGCUAUGGAAAUGCAAGCUGAAGCAGAACGUAAAAAGAGAGCUCAAAUUCUUGAGUCCGAAGGAGAAAGACAGGCCCACAUAAAUAUAGCUGAUGGUAAGAAGAGUUCGGUGAUUUUAGCAUCAGAAGCUGCAAAGAUGGACCAGGUUAACAGAGCCCUAGGUGAGGCUGAAGCCAUCCUUGCUAAAGCUAGAGCAACAGCUGAAGGUCUUGUGCAUGUGUCGCAGGCCCUAAAAGAAAAUGGAGGACUAGAGGCAGCAAGUUUGAGGAUCGCAGAGCAAUAUAUUCAUGCCUUUAGUAACAUAGCCAAGGAGGGUACAACAAUGCUGCUUCCUAGCUCUGCAUCUAAUCCCGCUAACAUGAUGGCUCAGGCUCUUACUAUGUACAGAAGUUUGGUUGCUAAUGUUUCUAAUGAUAAGCUUGAGGGGACCAUAUCCUCUUCAAUACCAGGACAGAUUGAGGGGGAUGAUACCUCUAGCAAGGGCAAAGAUGAUGACCCAACAGUGGGUACUGGAAGGGAUGAGGUACCCCAACAUCAUGACAAACCGGGAUUUUCUCUCCAAAGCCCCCCAAAAAGGGAAUAAUCUUUGAUUUUAAUAUUUCCCAUUUCUUUGAUCUCGCGUAUGUUGUGAUUAAAAUUUUGACUUGGAAGAGAGGGAAGUCUGAGAUUGUCGUUGGACUUGAUUUUAAUUUUACUGCUAUUUGUUGCUGUAGCAUUAAUCAUUCAAUGACUGGGAUAGAAAUUCUGGAGAGAAAAUGAAAAAUGAAGAAAUAUUCUGCCCGCAUGCCGGGACCAUUGGUCAUU